CUGUAAGAACUCGCCUUUAACACAAAUAACUACCGUGCUUGAGCUGCAUGAUUGUGCAUUUUCACCUUCAAAUAAAAGAAGACCAUCUCGUGCUUGAGACAGAAAACGAAUCCUGAACGCUACAUCCAAAACAUGGCGAUCGAAAGCCUGCUACCGGCCAACUUUGGCUAUGCAAUUUUUACGUAUUUGUAUAGUUUUGUCAUGUUGUCUUAUCUCGGGUUACAAGUUGGUGGUGCACGAAAGAAGUAUGGAGUUAAGUAUCCCACCAUGUACAGUGAUAAGGAGCAAGUGUUCAACUGCAUUCAGAGAGCUCAUCAGAACACACUGGAAGUGUAUCCACAGUGGCUGGUGUUCCAGACUAUUGCUGCAUUAGAGUAUCCUAUCGCUGCCUCUGUGUUAGGAGUUAUCUGGGUUACUAGCAGGUUCUCUUAUGCCUGGGGUUACUACAGUGGCGAUCCUGCUAAAAGGAUGCGUGGUGCGUACGGAUACAUCGGGCUGUUUGGAGUCAUUCUGCUUUCCAUCUCUGUUGCUCUUAAACUGCUUGGAAUGCUUUAAGGAAAACACCACUCAGAAAAUAUCACAUAAGAACAAAACGUGGUUUCACAUAAUGUAGUCUUCAGCAGUUAUUUUUCACUUUAAAAAAAAAAUGUAAAUGACAUUGCUCCAUUCUAUUGCUUAUAAUCAAUAUAUAUAUAAUAAACUUUUUAGGCUUUCACACAUGUUCUUUACACCACUUUCUUUACAUUUCAGUUAGGGUGACCAGAUAAUCAUUGCAUGGUAGUUUUUAUGUUCUUAUGAUUUUGAAUUGAGUUCAGCUUGUGUUAUUUCUGUUUGUGGACCACCUUCUGUACAAGGCUUAUCAGGUGCAAAAUAGUGAUGUGGGCAACAUAUCAGAUAUUGUGCUGAUUUUAUUAGGAUGUAACCCUAUCAUUAAAUUCAGACAAUUGAAAAAUAAAAUGUUUGUAAGAUUUAAAAAA